GUAGACUCUCUGUUAUGUAUAGCUUGCUUCUAAUGACUUCUCAAGCUAAUCUUUUCUCCGUUCCUUCUGUAACCAGAAUUAAUACCAAUAUGAACUCUAACAUGAACCUUCCUACUGCUUGUGUUUAUGGGACUCAGAAGUCCUUGAUGUUAGAAAAGCUACCUGCGAUACUCUGCUUAGGAGCCCCUGAAAAUGUUUCAAAUUUUUCAACCAAUCCUUCAGAAGUAGAACUAUUAAAGGAUACAGUGACUUGUCGAAGCCAAUCAAAUAUUAGCGUUUCUCGGUUACUCGAACAAAAUCGUGCGGCAUCGAGAACUUUUUCAAAAGCAGAAAGUCAGGUGAUGCAAACAAAACUUCAUGGUGAAAAACACUCCGUGUCUGCAGUGCAUGAUGUUUCUUCUAAUCCUGUUGCGGCAAUUCCAGGAGAUUUUGCAUUACCUUCUGUCUCCAGAAGCGUUUUUGAAGGCCAUAAACUUGUCGAAAAGUAUACACGUGCUCCUGUGAGGAAGUGUUUAAAGGCCUCAAAGGAAUGCUCCAACUGUCACCAGACGCAUUCUCCUAAUUGGUAUUUAUCAAAGGAAAAAUUGCCGUUGUGCAAUGCUUGUGCAAAGUAUCAGAAGCGCACAGGAUUGCCUAGACCUCCACAACAUUGGAACAAGGAAGUUAGAUUUCGAAGGAAGAAGAUUGUUUGUAGGCAACAUAUGGCUCUGGAAACGUGCAAGUUGGAGAACAUUUCCCGUAUGGAUAUGGAUAGAAUGGAAUGCAAUGAUCGCUUUUCACAAACAUCAAUGAGGAAUUUAACGAUUGCAAAGCGGAGAAGAAGGGAAGACUCGAGUGAAAUAAGUAGUCUAUGGAGAGGAAAGGAGACAUUAGGCUUUGAUUUGGAGAACGAGAAUAACGAUAUGUCUAUGACUAGCAAACAAGUAUCACCGAGACGUUCGAAUCUUUUUGAAAUGGAGCAGAACAUGCGUCACUAUCAAAACUUUGGGAGUUGGGAUAAAAUGACGUCCCUUCUGAAUGUGGUUCAAAUAGCCAAAUAUGAAGGUGACUUUGUUCUAACCUUGUGAUUGGCAAGGUGAGGUCAAGUUGGAUACGCUAUGUAAAACCAUUGGAAA